AUGGAAGAAGAUGACGAAUACAGUGCUAGAAAGAUAACGAACAUUGUCACGACUCCGCCCACCAAAGAGAAGAAGAAACUGAUAUUCAAAAAGCAAGAAAAUCUGCCGCCGUACGAUGUCGUGCCGUCGAUGCGGCCGGUUGUUCUUGUUGGCCCGAGCCUCAAAGGUUACGAAGUGACCGAUAUGAUGCAAAAAGCGGUGUUCGAUUAUCUGAAGCAUCGAUUUGAGGGCAGGAUCAUUAUCACUCGAGUGACGGCCGAUAUCUCUCUGGCGAAGCGGUCACUACUGAACAAUCCCAACAAGAGGGCGUUGAUGGAACGAGCAAAUUCACGAACCAGUAACAGCCUUGCCGAGAUCCAAACGGAAAUCGAGCGUAUCUUCGAAUUGGCUCGUUCAAUGCAGCUCGUCAUUCUCGACUGUGACACCAUCAAUCAUCCGAGCCAACUGGCCAAAACUAGUCUCGCACCGAUUCAUGUGUAUAUAAAAAUCAGUUCACCCAAGGUGUUGCAACGUCUCAUAAAAUCACGGAACAAAUCACAGUCGCGAAAUAUGAAUGUCCAAAUGGUAGCAGCCGAGAAACUAGCUCAAUGUCCACCGGAAUUGUUCGAUGUGCUCUUGGAUGAGAAUCAAUUGGAAGACGCAUGUGAGCAUCUUGCCGAUUUUCUGGAAGCUUAUUGGCGAGCCACACAUCCACCAGUACGAAGUCCGCCGAGAAUAAAACGAAAUCCGAUGGAAAACCGGGGUCCCACGCAGAUUUUCACUGCUGCUCAGAUGAUGCAGGGAACGGGAAUGGGAGGUGGAGGAAUGAUGGGCAGUAGUGGUGGUGGAUCGAUGGGACUUCAGAAACAGCCCUCAGCAACACAACUCGGACCUCCGAUGGGUGCACCUGCCCCUGCACCGUAUCUGACCCCACCUGCUCAAACAAUGCCUGGAAGGCAACAACCGGUUCCAUCGAUCAAUAUUCAGAAACAGCCCUCAGCAACACAACUCGGACCUCCGAUGGGUGCACCUGCUCCUGCACCGUAUCUGACCCCACCUGCUCAAACAAUGCCUGGAAGGCAACAACCGGUUCCGUCGAUCAAUAUUCAGUCUGGUCCCAUGCCAAUGUAUCAGUCGUCGCCAGCUGGAGGCAGUUCACCAAUGAUGCCACCGGUAGGAAUGGCGCAACGAACUAUGCCACCUGGGCCUCCUGGAAUGAUGGCUCAACGAGGAGGACCGGUGCCAGGUGGACCGGGCCGAAUGGGUCCACCUGCCAUGGAGCGACACGGGUUCGAUGAAUACGAUGAUCUAGACAUGGCCCACGGCUAUGACCAUCGUGGUUCAUAUCGAUAUUAG